UUACCAUAUUGUAACGACAGCGCGAAGUGAUUGAACACAAACAUUUGUAUUGUUAAAUAUUUUAUUAACAAAAACAUGGAAGCUAUUUAUAGAAUAUACAAUGAAAUAUUUAAUGAAAAUGCAGAUCCUCGAUGCAAAGAUUGGCUGCUUAUGAGCUCGCCGUGGCCCGUUAUGGCUAUAAUUGCGGUAUAUUUGGUCAUUAUUAAGCUAAUAUUGCCAAUGCACAUGAGAGGGAGGAAGCCGUACGACUUGCGCGUUGUUAUCAUGUGGUACAACAUAUUGCAGAUCGUUGCUAAUUCGAUCGUAGCUUGGGGGAUCUUGACAUCUGGUUGGACUACCACCUACCACUUCGGUUGCAUGCUCCCUGAUUACUCUAUGAACCCUGAAGCGCUGCGGAUGCUGAGCUUCCUCUGGUGGACACUGUUUAUCAAGAUAUUCGAAAUGAUGGAGACCAUGUUCUACAUACUGAGGAAAAAGUACCGGCAAGCGUCAUUCUUACAUAUUUAUCACCAUAUCAGCACUUUUACUUUUGUCUGGAUGGCUGUAAAAUAUGUUGGAGGAGGGAUUACAUCAUUCUCACCAAUGCUCAAUUCCGCUGUACAUGUUAUUAUGUAUAGCUACUACUUAUUAUCAGCUGUAGGCAGCCCUAGCACUAAAGCAUUCCUGGCUAAAUACAAGAAAUGGCUUACAAUGUUUCAGAUGAUUCAAUUCACUGUGAUCUUGGUUUUCUCAUUGCAAAUAUUUCUACCGAGCUGUCCAGCCCCGCUUGGUGUCGGUGUAUUUUAUAUUGUAAAUGUUGUAUUCGUUUAUUAUAUGUUCUAUAAUUUUUAUAUGAAUAAUUAUACAACUAAAACAAAAUUUAAUCAGAAUGGAAAUGGUGUUAAAUCCAAUUGAUUACUGCUACUUUUUUUGUAUGUAUAUUUUUAAUAAUAUUACAAUUUAGAGUACAUUACUUAUUACAUACUGUCAAUUGUAUAAAGAUAUAUUAUUGUA